CCUUGGGGUGGUUUCAACCACUGAAAUUUUCGAAGUGGAAGUAUUAGAUUUAGGAUCAAGAGUGGCAUAGGCCAUUUCUGUUUUUAUUUUGACAGUUUCGAUGACUUAAAAAAGAGAACAACUUGAUAUUUUUCUCCUCUAUCAGAUAAAACCUCAUGAAUUUUCUAGGGAAAAAAUAUAAAUAUUCAUCGGAUUCUGUUUUAAUCAAACAGGAAAGUGCAUGUUCAUUUUCUAUUUUUGCUUCUCUCUUAUAAAAGGAGCCAAUAAUAACCAACUCAAAUUCUUCAUAUUUUUGCAUAUCUAUAUAUAUAUAUAUAUGCCAUUUUUUGGUUCAUUGUGUGGGAAAAGCUUUUUCUUUCCUCAACUGGUAUUAGCCUGUUAGGGGAAUCUUUCUUGCAAUUCAAAAGGAAUUUUAUAUCCCAAACCAGCGACCACCACCACAAACACACCAUCACCAGGAAGGAACCAGAGAAAAGCAGCAAAACACGAAAAAAAUGCUGCUAAAAAGCUCUUCAACUCCAGUUCUUGGAUCACUCCUCUCUUCCAUAGCUGCUGAUAGUCCUAAUAACAACAAUCACUAUGAAACCAGCACCCCCUUUAAGCAUCAUCCAUUGACCUCCUUUAUCGACAACCACAACAGACUCUCAUUUCAUCCCUCUCCAGGCUCUGUCCACCUCUCUACCACAGUUUCUUGUGGCUCCUCUCCUAAAUCUCCCUCUGUUGUUGACCAAUUCUCUGAUUUUAACCUUAAAGGCUUUCGCCGGGUUCAUUCUGCUGGAAACUUGGAAGGGCUUGUCCAUGCUGCUUGCGAUAGCAAUGAACAAUUGUACAAUCAGAACCAACCCAAGAAGCUUUCUUUAAGGCACAAGUGCUUAAAGUUGGAAAGCAUCCCUUCCUUUUCCUUUUAUAAUUCAAGGGCGAGGUGUGAGGAAGAAGAAGACGAGAGUUUUUUAGAAGAGGAGGAAGAAGAGUUGAAGGAAAAUGAAAAACUAUCCGAUGGUAGUGAAGAGAAGGUAAUGGCUGUGAGUGGUAGUCAUGAAUUCAACCCAAUCAGCAUGAAGAAUAUGUUGCUGAAAGAGGAGGUGAAAGUUACUGAUAAAAUUUGGAAUGUUGGUUUGGAAUAUGAGCGAGGGUUGGUCGGGCAAGAAAUGUUUCUUGCGAAAGGGCUUGGCUUGACCACGGAUGGUGGUAGCAGGGGUGGUUUUAGAGGCGGCAGCGGUGGGGGUGGUGAGUUUAACCCAUCAGGCUCUAGCGGAAAUGGUGGUGGUGACAACCAUGAAGUGGAGGAGUAUUACAAGAGGAUGGUAGAGGAAAAUCCUGGCAACCCCUUGUUUUUGGGGAACUAUGCUCAAUUUUUGUAUCAGUCAAAGAGAGACGUUCAAGGAGCAGAAGAGUAUUACUCUCGAGCCAUUCUGGCAGAUCCCAAAGACGGUGAAACUCUGUCACAAUAUGCUAAGUUAGUGUGGGAGCUAUAUCAUGAUGAAGAAAGAGCUUCAAGCUACUUUGAACGAGCAAUUCAAGCGUCUCCGCAAGAUAACCUUGUUCAUGCAGCUUAUGCUAGUUUCCUCUGGGAAACAGAGGAAGAUGGAGAAGAAUAUGCGGCGCCUAGGGGUAUUGAUUCCAUUCCCGCACAAUUUCAUGAAGGAUCCUUGGCCAGGCUUAAGCAGCUAUAGCUUGGCGGGUGGAGACAUUGCUGCAGUGCACAAUAAUGGAACAUUCCUAUAUGUAUUAGAAAAAUAAAUGUGCUUACUAAUAUACCUAACCAACCUCGUACACCACUUCAUAAGGAAAACAGGAAGCUUAUUCCUGUGAUGGGUUUGCUCAUUGCUGUCACAAUUUCAAAUAUUUCUGAUAAGAUAUACAUAUAGAUAGGUUGAAUUCGAGCUGCAAUAGAGUUCAAACCAUUGUUUAAAGUCAAGGUCGACUGUAUAAUUGAUUUACUAAUGAUGAUUUCCUACUGAUAAGCUUGAUUUCGAACAAAAGGCGUAUUAUAAUAUAAUAUAAAAAAUAAAAACUAGAUGUAAUUAUUAUUUCUACAAAAUCAAUUAUGUUUUCCAAGUCCUUUGAUUUGAGUUUACUUAUGACAGGGUUAAAGCUGUGCAACGAAUAUCCAAAAGCAAAGAAAAUAUGAGGAUUUCAAUUAAAAUUGCUUCCAUCUCAGAAUCAUAAAAGCAGCCAUCAUCACAUUGCCUCAGUAGUCAUAAAACAAAUCAAAAACAUUAAAAAAAAAAAAAAAUCUCCACUUGAGC